CAAUUUUAUUCGGCAUGCAUUAACAAAUGUCCAAAAUGUCGAAUUCAAAUCUAUUGAGUGAAGCACAGAAAGCAUGAUGAAUUCAUGAUCAUCCAAAUGAAAAUCCUCUGAAUGAACCCUCAUUCAUCUAUGGUCUACUGAACUGGUGCUUGCUGUCAAUUGGGUGGUGUCUACGGGCGUGUUGUGGUUUGAUUCUCCGAACUGGCAAAGAGGGAAAUGUGUAUUGAUUUGACUGAUAAGGAUUGCAGAUAAAAGCCAAAGGACAAGCUCACUCAAACCAAGUGUGUGUUUGUUCGCCGUGGAUGUGGCAUCUGCCCUCAGUGUGUGCGCGCUCAAUUCAAUUCAGUUUAGUUCAAUUGCGCCUUAGGAGGAUUACUGGUUUCUGAUGAUGACAAUCGUGACGCUAUAUUGCAUUAGCAUUUGCCUUGUGAUGAUGAGGGUAGAGGCUCUGCCUUUGCCCGGCUCUGGGCCGACACUGGACCACGACUGGACAGAGACGGUCAGGCUGAAGCAUCUUUACGCUGCCAGAAAGGGACUUCAUCUGCAGAUUAGGAAAGAUGGAAGAGUGGACGGAUCUCCUCAGCAAACUGAACUAAGUUUAAUGGAAAUACGUCCAGUUGACAGUGGCUGUGUGGCCAUAAAAGGAAUCGCAAGUUCGAAGUUCCUGUGCUUGGAAAGAGAGGGGAGACUGUAUGGCUCUCACAGGUACGAGAGGGAUGACUGCACGUUCGUGGAGCGGAUCCUCCCAGAUGGAUACAACGUGUACAUUUCCAAGCAGCAUGGCACCUUGCUGAGUCUAGGUGCUGGGGCUGGCAGCCAAGCACAUGGCACUGAGGGAGGGUUCAGCAGCCAUGCCCAGUUCUUACCCAUGAGCAACACUAUGGCGCAACCAGAGAGCCACCCCAGUGACCUGGACUCUCUAUCCCAGUACCACCAGGGCUCACAGUUAGACCUUCAGCUAGACAGCAUGGACCCUUUUGGAAAGGUUUCUCAGAUCUACAUACAAAGCCCCAGCUUCAACAAACGAUGAGUGAUUCUAUGCAGCGUUUAUAACGUGCUUCAAGAAUUCUAGAAUGCCCGAGUGUUCUGAAUGAGCACACUGGGCACAGAGAGGAAAAAAGGGGAUUCUAUUCAGCGUUUUUAGAAUGCUUCAAGAAUUCUAGAAUGUUCGAGUAUUCCCAAUGAACACAAUGGGCCGAGAGUGAUUCUACUUAGCAUUUAUAGAAUGCUUCAAGAAUUCUAGAAUGCCCAGGCAUUCCAUAUGGGCACAAUGUGCAGGAACGAGGGCCCAGCUCAAGACAGGGUUGGAUUGUUGGACUGAGGAACACUCCAUUUGGGACUAUUUAAAUACAAACCAGCAACAGACUGAGAACGCCUCUCAGCAGAACCAAGUGAACUCCAGUUUGUGUGUGUGUGUGUGUGUGUGUGUGUGUGUGUGUGUGUGUGUGUGUGUGUGUGUGUGUGUGUGUGUGUGUGUGUGUGUGUGUGUGUGUGUGUGUGUGUGUGUGUGUGUUAGACCAUGUUACAAGGUCUUUAUUGUAUUUUUUCUAUUUUAAGAUAUAUAUUAUAUUUUUUAUUGCAUUUCAAAAUGCCUUCAACUUUUGUUCCCAGAAAAUGUGCUGCCAGUUUGUGCAAAAUAUCUGCAUACCUAGCGUGUAGGCCCUGUAACUGAAUAAAAUUAGGCCUAUGUUUAAAUUCCUUCUUGUACAUAUUUUUUGACAUUAUUUAAAGCUGCUGUUCAAAGAAUUGUAAAGGUAUAACAUGUUGUGUCAGCCUAUACCAAAACAAGUCCUAUGCCUAUGUUUUUAUUCAGCCCAAAAUAAAUAACAUUUUUUAUA